CCCGCGUUUUCCCAACUAGUUUGUUUGAUAACUUGUUUUAUGUUUCUGUUUUAUUUUACAUCAUUUUGUUGUUUUUUACGAUAAUUAUAACCUUUUAGUUUAUAAACUCGAAGUAAUAAACCUUAAAAAACCCAAUAAUGCCAUCUCCAAGAUCUGAAGGGAGGCAGACUCCCCGUCCUGAAGGCUCGAGGACUCCCAGAAGAGCUCCUCCAGGUACACCCGGUACUGACGGUUCACGUACUCCAAGGGCAGAAGGUGCUAGAACACCGCGCCAUGCUAGCCAAACUCCUACCCCAGAUGAAAUACCAGAAACCCCAUCAAAAACUCCUAAAACCACCCCAUCUAAAAGUAUUGACACUCCAUUGAAACUUGGCUCUAAACAUGGAUAUCAAGAUGUUCCAUCUUCUCCAGCACACAGUCUGGCUCCGACUAGCCCUGGAACAGGUUUGGCUAUGAGCGAGAUAGAUCUUAGUUCACCAUUAAAUUAUGGUACACCAAGCUCAUUGGGCUCAAUUAGAACACCCAGAUCUGGUAUCAGGGGAACCCCUAUUAGAAUGAGACCUGAUGUCAGGAGUGAUAAGAGGAUCAGGCAAGUCAAUGUGGGGACUGAAGCCGGAGAUGGAGCUUUGGAAUCGAUUCCUGAAGGUAAUGAAACCAGCACAGCAACUCCACACCUGGUCAUUUGGGGCACCAACGUAUCAGUUGCCGAAUGCAAAGAAAAGUUCAAACAGUUUAUUUUGAGGUUUAUUGAUACAAACGCCGCCGAAGAUGAAAUUACUGAAGAUAUGAACUUGAACGAGCCCUUGUAUUUACAAAAACUGGAUGAGAUUCAUACCUUAGAAGAGCCUUUUCUUAACGUAAACUGCUCCCAUAUUGAAACUUUUGAUGCCAAUUUAUACAGACAGUUAAUUUGUUAUCCGCAAGAAGUUAUUCCCACUUUCGAUAUGACUGUCAAUGAAAUGUUUUAUGAAAAAUAUCCUGCUGCUGUUUUGGAGCAUCAAAUACAAGUGAGGCCCUUUAAUGCUGAUAAAACUAGGAAUAUGAGGGCUCUGAACCCUGAAGAUAUUGACCAACUGAUCACAAUUUGCGGCAUGGUGAUCAGAACAACAAACAUAAUGCCAGAAAUGAGAGAAGCUUUCUUCCAAUGUAUCGUUUGUCGCUUCACAACUACUGCGGAGAUCGAUAGAGGACGCAUUACGGAACCGACAUUGUGCACGAGCUGUAAUACGAAUCAUUGCUUUGUUUUGGUGCAUAAUCGUUCCCAGUUCACUGAUAAGCAAAUGAUUAAGUUGCAGGAGUCACCAGAGGAUAUGCCUGCCGGUCAGACACCUCACACGGUGGUCCUGUUUUCUCACAACGAUUUAGUAGAUGCAGUGCAACCGGGAGAUCGCGUCACUGUUACCGGAAUUUACAGGGCGCAGCCCUUACAGGUCAAUCCCAAGCAAAGAAACUUAAAAUCCGUGUACAAGACCCACAUCGACGUGUUGCAUUUUAGAAAAAUCGACCAGAAACGCUUAUACGAAGAAGAAGACGGCAAGGAUCAUCGUUUUCCACCUGAGCGUAUUGAGCUCCUGAAUGUCUUAGCGCAGAAGCCCGAUAUUUACGACCGGCUGGCCAGGGCGAUCGCGCCUUCUAUAUAUGAAAACGAGGACGUCAAAAAAGGGAUUCUGUUGCAACUUUUUGGGGGUACCAAAAAAACUUUUACUACCUCCGGCAGGACUAAUUUUAGGAGCGAAGUUAAUAUUUUACUGUGUGGAGAUCCUGGUACUUCAAAAUCCCAACUACUUCAAUACGUGUACAAUUUGGUACCGCGCAGUCAGUACACAUCUGGUAAAGGUUCCUCGGCGGUCGGUCUUACCGCUUACGUCACAAAAGAUCCGGAAACUCGUCAAUUAGUACUUCAGACCGGCGCUUUGGUGUUGGCCGACAAUGGUAUUUGUUGCAUCGACGAGUUCGAUAAGAUGAACGAUUCUACCCGGAGUGUUUUACAUGAGGUUAUGGAACAACAAACGCUCAGUAUCGCAAAAGCCGGUAUAAUCUGUCAACUGAACGCGCGCACAUCAAUUUUGGCCGCCGCAAACCCGAGCGAAUCCCAAUGGAACAACAACAAAACGAUUAUCGAGAACGUUUUGCUUCCUCACACUUUACUAUCGAGAUUCGAUCUAAUUUUCCUCAUUUUGGAUCCGCAAAAUGAACUUUUCGACCGUCGCCUGGCCAAACAUUUGGUCUCGCUGUAUUAUAUGAGCAGGGAGGAGGAAGACGAUGAAAUUCUGAACAUGUCUAUUCUAAGAGAUUACAUCUCUUAUGCAAAAGAACACAUUAGUCCCAAGUUAAGCGAGGAAGCGUCGCAACGCCUCAUCCAGGCUUAUGUGGAUAUGAGGAAAGUGGGGUCCGGAAGAGGUCAAAUAUCGGCCUAUCCAAGGCAACUGGAAUCAUUGAUAAGGCUUUCGGAAGCUCACGCGAAAGUCAGAUUUAGCCAGAAAGUGGAGGUGGAGGACGUAGAGGAAGCUUGGAGACUGCACAGAGAAGCCCUUAAACAGUCGGCAACCGAUCCACUGUCUGGUAAAAUCGACGUGGGAAUUUUAACGACCGGCCUGAGCAGCACGGCGCGAAAGAAGAGGGUUGAAAUGGCCCAGGCAGUCAAAAAGUUGAUAGACGACAAAGGAAAAGUACCGACGAUCAAUUAUCAAAAACUGUUCGAGGAACUGAAGGCUUCUUCACAAAUGAUGGUUACGAGAGAACAGUUCGAGGACGCCCUAAAAGAUUUGCAAGAUGACGGACUUAUAGUCGUCAUGGGAAAGACUUCUAUUCGGAUUUGCACCCAUAGGGACUAGUUAUAAGUUAUGUUUUUUUUAAAUUGUAAUAUGAGCUGUUAAUUUAAUGUUUUAAUGCCUCUUUAAUAAAAACCACUUUUUAUAAUGCUA